AUGAAGCCCUUUACUCUGUCGUUGGCCAAUGGCGCUCAACUUUCUGGCAUUUUCUCGGUGCCGACACGGACCUCGACAACCCCUCACUAUCAACCUUUGAUAGUUGGUGUCCAUGGUGGGACCUACUUUUCAAAGUACUUUGACGCUGGUACAACCAACUCAGCUGUGCGGCUAGCAGAAACACUCGGAGUGCCUUUUGUAUCCAUCAAUCGCCCAGGUUACAGAGACAGUACAGAACUCCCUCCAGUGCCAGAUGGAUCGACAUUCCUCCAGGAAGAGGGCAAGUACCUUCACCGCUACAUCCUCCCCAAGAUAUGGCAAGAGUUCGGGCUCAGCUCUGGGGCAACUACCAUCGUCAUGCUGGCGCACUCUUUGGGGUCCCCAAGCUCUAUCGUGGCCUCGGCUCUCCAUGCAAAGGAACCUCACCCCCAGUACCCACAUGGUGGGCUGAUUAUGUCCGGCUGGGGCACGGUUCACGGUCGUCCCAGUGAGAGUGCAAAACACAUUGUUGAGAACGGGGUCGUUGACGGACGGAUUGCUUGGCCCUUGGAGUUGAAGGAUGGCCCCAUGUUUGGCGACCCUAAACUGGGAAGAGUACCUCCAGAGAUUCUUGCGAUGGGACACGAUUUGAACACAUCCAUGUCCUUGGGGGAGUUUGAGGACGGCUCGUUCCACUGGUUGGAUUAUUGGUCAGACUAUGCAAAGGAGGUCAAGGUCCCGAUUAUGUAUGGCAUGGGGGAACACGACGCCUUGUGGAAGGCUACGAGGGAAUCUGUCCAGGAGUUUGCUCGGGAAUUUACUGGAAGUCCGAGAGUCGAGAGCGGCAUCGUGCUUGGUGCACCGCAUUGUAUCGAGUUGAGCUAUUGGGGGCCGGGCUGGGUGGCAAGAUGCUUGGGGUUUGCGGCCGAGUGUGCUGCCGCUGAGGGGGUGAGUCGUCUAGCAGCAAGCGUGCAAGCAUAG